AUGGCUUUCCCUAACUACAGCUGUCUCAACCAAGCUCAACUAACCUUUGAAUAUCUGCACACAAAUUCCACCACUCACGAAUUUUUGUUUGGUGCUCUUGCUGAACUAGUUGAUAAUGCGAGAGAUGCUGAUGCCACCAGAAUGGAUAUUUAUACAGAGAGGAGAGAGAACAUUCGAGGAGGAUUCAUGCUUUGCUUUCUUGAUGAUGGAGCAGGAAUGGAUCCAAAUGAUGCCAUCAGUGUGAUCCAGUUUGGGAAGUCAGCCAAACGAACACCUGAGGCCACCCAGAUUGGGCGGUAUGGGAAUGGGCUAAAAUCAGGCUCGAUGCGCAUCGGGAAGGAUUUUAUUCUCUUCACCAAGAAAAAAGAUACCAUGAGCUGCCUCUUCCUGUCACGAACCUUUCAUGAGGAAGAAGGCAUUGAUGAAGUGAUAGUCCCAUUGCCUACAUGGAAUGCUCAGACACAAGAACCUGUCAUAGAAAAUGCCGAGAAAUUUGCCAUUGAGACGGAACUCAUCUACAAGUAUUCUCCCUUCCACACUGAAGAGGAAGUGAUGAGUCAGUUUAUGAAGAUUUCUGGGGAUAGUGGAACCCUAGUGAUCAUUUUUAAUCUCAAACUCAUGGACAAUGGAAAGCCUGAAUUAGACAUAAUCUCAAAUCCAAAAGAUAUCCAGAUAGCAGAGCUCUCCCCAGAGGGCCUGAAGCCAGAGCGGUACUCAUUCAGUGCCUAUGCUGCAGUGCUCUAUAUUGAUCCUCGAAUGAGAAUCUUCAUCCAUGGGCACAAGGUACAGACCAAGAGGCUCUCCUGCUGCCUGUACAAGCCCAGGAUGUACACAUACACAUCAAACCGUUUCAAGACCCGAGCAGAACAGGAGGUGAAGAAAGCAGACCAGGUAGCACGGAUUGCUGAAGAGAAGGCCCGGGAGGCAGAGAGCCAAGCUCGGACAUUAGAAAUUCGUAUAGGUGGAGUCCUCACACGGGACUCCAGGGUGAUGUUGCGUCAGGUCCAGAACACAGCCAUCACCCUGCGCAGAGAAGCUGAUGUUAAGAAAAGGGUCAAGGAUGCCAAGCAGCAAGCACUCAAAGAACCUAAGGAACUGAAUUUUAUCUUUGGGGUCAACAUUGAACACCGAGACUUAGAUGGCAUGUUUAUCUACAACUGUAGCCGCCUGAUCAAGAUGUAUGAAAAAGUUGGCCCACAGCUGGAAGUGGGCAUGGUGUGUGGUGGAGUUGUUGGUGUUGUUGAUGUACCUUACCUGGUCUUGGAGCCUACUCACAAUAAACAGGACUUUGCUAAUGCCAAGGAAUACCGGUUCCUGCUUCGGGCAAUGGGGGAGCACCUGGCACAGUACUGGAAGGACAUCUCCAUUGCCCAGCAUGAAAUUAUCAAGUUCUGGGAUGAGUUUGGUUACCUCUCUGCCAACUGGAACCAACCCCCAUCUGGUGAGCUGCACUUCAAACGCAGGAGGGCUAUGCAGGUCCCAACCACUAUCCAGUGUGAUUUGUGUCUGAAGUGGAGGACCCUCCCCUUCCAGAUGAGUUCAGUAGAAGAAGGUUACCCCAACACCUGGGUUUGCUCCAUGAACCCUGAUCCUGAGCAGGACCAGUGUGAGGCUUCUGAACAGAAGCAGAAGAUUCCACUGGGAACAUUAAAAAAGGUCCUGAAGACACAGGAAGAGAAGCAGAGGCAGCUAACACAGAAAAUUAAGCAACAGCAGAAGAGACUGAAGGCCCUUCAGAAAACCACACUCACCCACUCCCAAGAUGGCCUGAAGAAACUGCCAUUGGAAGUGACCACUAAACCUCUCACUGAAGAAUCUGUGCAGAGAAGAUGCUGGUGUGCUCAGUCACCCCCUUUACAUGAAGUGAUCAAAAAUGCUCAGAGCAGACCCCGUUCCAAGCCAGCCCCCAGACCAUUUAGACAGCUCCGAAAGGCUGCUGUUAGCAGCAGCUACCAAAAACCUCCUGUUCUGGUGGCCCAGACAGAGACCAGUACCUUUGGGUUGCUCGAACCACCAGAGGUACCCCAAAAGCCUGUGACCCCUCUGGUUAGGACUGCACCACAGCCUUUGGUGCAAUCCCUGUCACCCUCUGCAAUCCCCAACUCCAAGAAACUUUGCAAGGUCCAUACCCCCAAACCUACAAAGACUUCAGUGGUCAAGAAGGCAGAAACACCUGUUAAGCACUCCCCAGGGACGUCUAGUCAGAAGCGGAGUCUUGUAGUCUCUGAUGAUAAAGAGGCUGGGGAAAAGGAGAGGUGCAAGAGGGGCAAGUUUCCUGUGAAGGAGAAAAAGAUGUUAGCGAAUGAGCUCUCAGACAGUGCUGGGGAAGAAGAUCCAGAUGACCUCAAGAGGGCUCAGAAAGAUAAAGGGCUACAAGUGGAGGUCCGUGUGAAAGGGAAUUUUUACAAGGGCUGUGUCACAGCUGUGGAAGUGGGUGGGAAUGUGGUGUGGUGGAAGGUGAAGUUUGAUGAUGUGGCCACAGACACCAUACCGAAAGGCUGCUGGGUGGAAAAAGGCAGUGGAGAUGUAUGGCUGAUGAAGCCAUCUUCAGAGAAUCAGAGAACUGGCACACAGCAAGAGGAUGGGGAAGAGGAGGCCACGGUAGUCCAGCACACUGAUGCAUUACAAGAGCUCUCUAUCUCUGACUGUCUCUGCACAGAGCCUGAGACUAUUGCCCCAAGGACUGACCAGGAGACCACUGACCUCCUGGUCCAGAUUCUCUGGAAUUGUUUACACUAUUUCAUGCCCCUGAGUUUCUCCAUGUCUAAGAAGGAGCUGAGUGCUAUGAAUUCAAAAGAACUACUGUCUCUUCCUCUUGAAGAGUACUUCAAGCAGUAUGAAGAAGAGCUCCAGAAUCUCUGCCGUUCCUACCAGACCUGUGCUGACUCACGGGCUAAGGCAUCUGAAGAAAGCCUGUGCAUUGCUGAGAAAAAGCUCCAUGAGACAGAACAGAAGCUACAGAAGCUGAGGACUAACACUCUGGCCCUCCUGAGAAAGGUGCAGGAGGACAUAAACAUCAGUACAGAUGAUGAGCUGGAUGCCUACAUGGAGAACCUCAUCACCACAGGGGACUGA